AUGUCUCAUCCAUGUGCUGUUGCUAAUUGUCAACGUAGUUCUCGUGCUUUAUGUCAUUGUUGCCAACAAAAUAUUUGUAGAGAUCAUUUGAUCGAACAUGACGAUCUACUGAAUAGCCGACUCAAUCCAAUAGUAGAUGAAAUCAAUCAACUUAAUGAUCGACUUAAUCAUAUCAAUUUGAAAGAUGCUUUAGUGGAUACUCAUGAGCAACUAGAGAAUUGGCGUCGUAAAUCUUAUCGAGCAAUAGACGAAUUUAUUAAUGAGCAAAGCUGUAUAAUUUACGAAAGUAUGCAGUCAAAACUAGAAAACAUAUCUGAUGGCAUAAUUCAUUUGAAAACGCUCGUUGGUCAACUCAUUAGAAAACAAGAUACGACUAUUGACAAUUUAAAUACUCUAGGAUUAAAUAUACAAUCUAUUCAAAGAGAAAUUAUUGAAAUAGAAAAUAAAUCUAUUGGUUUGAGUUUAACACCAUUGACAAUAGAUCGUAACAUCAUACAAAUGCAAGAGACGGGUGUAAAAUAUGAUAUCAAUUUAGAGAAUUUAAUGCCUGCAAUACAUGUGAUUAAUCGUUCUGCAGAAAGUCAUAAACCUCUUGCGUCCAAUAAUAAAGUUUUAUUGAUGCAUCAUGAUCAUCGAUUGUCCAUAUUGAAUCACGAACUAACAUUAGUUAAAUCUAUUCCUUGGCCUCAUAAUUGGAUAUGGGAUAUGUGUUGGUCAUCAACUUUGUCUCAAUUUUUGAUCAUAACACUAGGUGAAAUAUUCUCGUUAGAUGAAAAUACGAUGUCUCUUGAAUGUAUACAAACAAAAGAUCAAUAUUCUUUAUCUGCAUGUACAUGUUCAGAUAAAUCAUUGUAUCUAGCAAGUAACGUGUUAGGAUCAAGUGUAUACGAAUUGAGUUUACUACCAGAUAUUAAAUUAGUUAAUCAAUAUCAAUCUAAAGAUUUAUGUGACACUGAUGAAACAAUUCAUGACAUGAUUUUUCAUAAAGGAACAUUAGCUUUUAUCAUCGGAAAUUUUACAAGUCAUAGGAAACAUAUGGCACUUCGGUCUUCGCAAACGUUUGAACUAAUAUGGAGCAUUCAAUUUGAUACUGUUGAUCCUAUGCAUAAUAUAUAUCGCGUUGGCUUGUUUAAUUAUAAUGAAUGGCUAGUAAUUGAUUGGAAAACGUCGGAAAUUUUUCAUAUUUCAAAAGAUGGACAAUUGAAAUCAAAAUUAACUUAUGAUCAAGUGCCAUACCGUAGCUGUCAGUUCGGACCAAAUACGUUAGUUAUAUCGGCGAAAAACAGUGUUAACUUUCAUAAAAUGUAA